UUUGCGACAGCUAAGCUUGUUGAGCUUGUUCCAAUUCGUUCACGUGACGUGCGCAUUGGUGCAUCGCUAGUGUAUCUGCUGCAAUUUGCUACAUAUAUGUGUAUGUGUGCAAAAUCGCAUCUUUUUAUUUUGCAAUUGAAUUGCAGUGAAUAAUAUGUAUCAACAACACAUUCGUGAAUUUACACGAAAUAACAUAAUAAUUCUCUGAUUUACAUUCAUUUUGGAAAAAAUUGUAGCGUUUAAUCAAAAUAUAAACAAUUGGUUGUGGUUAUGAGAGCCAUUAUUGGUGAAAAAUAGCACAUGUAGCCAAGCUAAAUGAAAAAUGAUGAAAUUACAAACACAAAGGUAUUCUCCAAGUAUGAUUAUUUUGUGAUAAGGGUGAAAAUGCAGUGCUGUAUAUAAUAGAAAUUUAUCUUAGAAAGAUUCCUACAUUCCUAUUAUAUUAUAUGAGAUUAAAAUCAACAUUAGCAAUAUGAGAAAAUAUUAUCAGGCUGCUCUAGCUGUGAUAGCAGUAAUAAGUCUCGUAUCUCUGCUCAUCUAUAGACAUGAAUACAACAGAUUAAGAUACGUCUUAGAAGUUUUCAAUUACUUUGGCAAACCCGGGCCAAGGAGGGAUGCAAACUGCACGAGCUUCAAUCCAACAUCUACCACAUUUAAUGCAAAAUUCGAUGAACCGAUUCCUUCAUGGCAACGCCUGGAGGACGACUUGUACAUAUAUUCUGCAUACAGUAUUAAUAACAAAGAGAUACGAGCUAUCGGACUCGGGACUAUAAGCAGCGUUUCGAACAUGCAGUGUCUCGUCUUCUUCGAGAAUGAGAGUAAACCUAUAUUAGGAAGCUCCAAAUUUAUUGCCAUCGGUAACGCAGUUGCCACGAGUCUAGGAGAAAAUUCAAGAUACGGAGGGUAUCAUUUUAUUUGCACAUAUACCAGUAACGAGACUCCUACUGGAAUAACGUUUGUUACAAAGUCUAACAAGUAUCUCAAUUAUGCACCUAUCUUUCCUAUAAAAGUGCAGCCACGGAGCUUGAGUCACAGUAGAAUAGGAGUAUGUGUGAUGCAAUCAUCUAUGAAACCUAUGCAAUCAGCAGAUAUGAUAGGUUUCAUCAGCUUCCAUGCAUUGAUCGGAAUGGAUAAUUUUAUUGUAUAUGAUUCUGGAAUUUCGAAUGAAUUUAACAGCAAGUUGAAGGAAAUGGCUAAUGAUUUGACUUCCUUUUGGAAGUUUACAUAUACUGUUGUACCGUGGAAUUUUCCUUUCACAGAGAUUGAUCAAAAUGUCAUAAGAGAAAUCAUCGAAACAGAUUGUUUAUAUCGCACAUAUAACAAUGUCGCUUAUGUUGUUGUGCUCUCAUGGAACGAAUAUGUAGUUUUGAAGUAUCAUCAUGCAAUGAUUGAUCUGAUGGCAGAUUUCAAACAAACCAAACUGAUAGCCGACCGUUAUAAGCUAAAAACUACAACUUUUUGCACACAGCAAACUGACAAUAAAAAAUACGCCAAUUCUACAUUGAUAGUGUUAAAGAAGACAAAAUCCGAAAAAAAAGUAAACACUUUAGAAAAUCAUACUAUUUACAUACAUAAGCCACAUGUAACAUUACAAAAUUCACAUAUAUACACCAAAGAAAUAAGAAAAGAUUUGGUUGCUGUAAAUCAAUAUAAAUAUUGCGAUAGUUACAAAAGUAGUCGAGAAGUAGAAGACUUUACGAUUUUAAGAUUUGCCCAAGAUCUGCAAAAUUCAUCAAUUUUUAGGAAAUAUCUCGGACUUAAUAAUGUACUCGAUAUAGAUAUAAAGUGAUACAAAUUUCAACGACUGAUAUAUUAAUUUAGAUAAUAUGUGCACAAUCUUCAAUAAUGUUUGUCAUUUGCAUAUUACUUAACUCAUAUAUAUCAUAAUUAUGUAUAGUCUUUCAUAUUAGGUGCCUUAAUCGUUACAUCAUAGCUAUACAACUAGUCAUAGUCAUGGUCAGCUAUUUUAAUAUUUUGUACAUUUCUCAGACUUAAACUGUAAUAAAAUAUUCCUUAUAUUUGUUAUUUCAA